UUAUAUGUAUAAUAUUUCUGCAGCGGGUGGCAAUUCCCCGCUGUAGAUAAAGAAAAAUUGUUUAUACCACGCACCAACACGUCUGUUAAAAAAACGAACAGAAUCACAAUUUAACUCAGAUAGUUAACAUGUCCGCAAGCGAUGGAGCUACGGGAAGCAAACAAGUGCGGUUGUCCAACAAUCAUAAUAGCAAGGAUUUGAAUGGAACAACAGGCACCGCCGGCGCUGGUGACGCAGCCAAUGCUCGUGGCAAAAUAGCGCUGAUAACCGGCAUAACGGGACAGGAUGGCUCCUAUCUGGCCGAGUUUUUGUUGAAGAAGAACUAUGAAGUACAUGGCAUUAUACGACGUGCUAGCACGUUUAAUACAACACGCAUAGAGCAUUUAUAUGCUGAUCCAAAGGCACACAAAGGAGGACGCAUGAAAUUGCAUUAUGGCGACAUGACAGAUAGCAGCAGUCUGGUGAAGAUCAUUAAUAUGGUGAAGCCAACGGAGAUUUAUAAUCUGGCUGCACAAUCACAUGUGAAAGUCUCUUUCGAUUUGAGUGAAUAUACGGCAGAGGUAGAUGCAGUUGGCACAUUGCGCAUACUGGAUGCCAUUCGGACAUGCGGCAUGGAGAAAUCUGUGCGAUUUUACCAAGCGUCCACUUCGGAGCUGUAUGGCAAGGUUGUGGAGACGCCACAGAACGAACAGACGCCCUUCUAUCCACGUUCCCCCUAUGCCUGUGCCAAGAUGUACGGCUUUUGGAUAGUGAUCAAUUACAGGGAGGCCUAUGAUAUGUAUGCUUGUAAUGGCAUACUGUUCAAUCACGAGAGUCCGAGACGUGGCGAAAACUUUGUGACACGUAAGAUUACCCGGUCGGUGGCCAAGAUUUUGCUCAAUCAAAUGGAAUACUUUGAGCUGGGAAACUUGGAUUCGAAACGUGAUUGGGGACAUGCCAGUGACUAUGUGGAAGCUAUGUGGAUGAUGCUGCAGCGUGAUGUGCCAGCAGAUUAUGUAAUUGCAACUGGUGAAACGCACAGCGUGCGUGAAUUUGUGGAGGCGGCAUUUAAACACAUCGGACGCGAAAUUACGUGGCGUGGAAAGGGUGUCGAGGAGGUAGGCAUAGAACGUAACACAGAAAUUGUGCGCGUACGCAUCAAUCCAAAGUAUUUCCGACCCACCGAAGUGGAUCUGCUGCAAGGUGAUGCGUCAAAGGCUAAGCGAGAACUCAACUGGACGCCAAAAGUUAGUUUCCUGGAGCUGGUCACCGAUAUGAUGAACGCGGACAUCGAGCUAAUGAAAAAGAAUCCCAUUGCAUAGAAGAAAUGGAUUGCAACUAGGCAAAUCUGGCACAAAGUUUCAUACAUAAAUAGAUAUAGAUAUAUAGUUUAAGAUGUAAAGUGUUUUAUGUUUCCUCGACGGGAUUUGCAAUCAUUCCUCUUUUACUACUAUAUCGUGAAUGUCUCUCUAUCUCGCUGUCUCCAGGCAGUUUCCUUAAAUGUUCUUAACUAUUAACCAUUAUACACUUGCAAUAAAUAUGCGUAAACACAAAUUAAUUAGAUA